GCCACCUGCCCGGGAAAGCUGCGGUGGGUGGUUGCCCUCGGGUGGUUGCCCUCGGGUCGCUCCGGGGCGCGGACGCGGAAGCGCGCCAUGGGAGAUACGCCGGGGGCUCGCGAGCCCCGGGCCCGGCCGAAAGAGCGGGACCCGGAGCGGCAGCCCCGCCCGGACCGAGACCGUCACCCCGAGCGCCAGCGGGACAGACCCGGCGACCGGCGCCGGGAGAGGAACGGGGCCGAGCGCGGGGACGGGCACCGGGGCGGGGGCAGGGACCGGCACGCUCGCCAGGACGGCGGCCGCGGAGCGGGGGAGAAGGCCCGCCGGAGCCGGGCGCGGGACGCCCCCCGGAGGCCCGCCUGCGCCGCAGCCCCGCCCCCCUGGCCCGCGCCCUGGGAGACCCCGCAGCCGCCGCCCCCGAGGAAGGAGCGCUCGGGGCCCCGCGGCCCGGCAAGUGAACCCACUUCAGGGAGAUACCUGCCCUCGAACCCCAGGUCUGGACUAGAGGAAGUGGAAUAUUACCAGUCAGAGGCUGAAGGACUCCUGGAAUGCCAUAAAUGCAGAUACCUGUGCACUGGGAGAGCCUGCUGCCAGAUGCUGGAGGCGCUCCUGAGCUUGUUGAUCCUGGCCUGCAGCUCUGUGUCUUACGGCUCCACAGGGGGCUACACGGGCCUCCCCAGCCUGGGGGGCAUUUACUACUACCAGUUCGGAGGGGCUUACAGUGGCUUCGAUGGCGCGGCCGGGGAGAGAGCGCAGCAGCUGGACGUCCAGUUCUACCAGCUGAAGCUGCCCACCGUCACCACGGCCAUGGCCUGCGGCGGGGCCCUCAUGGCCUUCUGCUGCCUCCUCGUGCUCCUGGGCGUGCUGCGGGUGCCGUGGCACUGCCCCCUGUGGCUGGUGGCCGAAGGCCUGCUGGACGUGCUCAUUGCCGCGGCCCACGUCCCCGCUCUGUACUUCUACUUCCAGCGCCUCUCGGCCGCCUACGCCUCCCCCGUGUGUAAAGAGAGGGAGGCGCUGUACCAAAGCAAAGGCUACAGCGGCUUCAGCUGCAGUCUCCACGGGGGGGACAUAGGAGCUGGAAUCUUUGCUGCCCUGAGCACUGCGGUCUUUGCCGUGGGGGCCGUGCUGGCCAUCAGGGGUUACCGAAAAGUCAGGAAGCUGAAGGAGAAGCCUGCAGAGAUGUUGGAGUUUUAGGCUUUUUAGACCGUCCUGCCCCGUGGGAGUGGUGGAAAUUACUCUCAGGGAGUGCUUUGUGGCGGGACUUGCCAGCACGUGCAGUGACGGGCCAACCUGGCAUCCUGGGUGAAGCUCUGGGUUACACGGGGCAGGAUUCUCUGGUGGAGCCGGCCCUGGUUCUAGAGCCCUCUGUUGGUGAGCGAUGAAGCAAAAUGAUUGAAACAAAGCAAAACCAGAGGUCAAGGCGUGGGCUGCAGCAAAAGGCCCCUGUGAUGAACUCGAGGGAGAGAACCAAGCGCAUCUGAAGAACUUUAUCUUCAAAGUCCAUGAAAAGCCAUAUACCCAGGAGACAACAUUCCAACUUGAACUUUUCUAAACACAGCUGUCUCAAGCAGAUGAGCUCCAGAGUUUUUCCACACUGAGGCCUCCCAUCCUUCACCUCCUUACUGCUCUGGAUGCAGGGUGUAGGGAGGCUGGGAGACUCUGCCUGUACGUUGGAGGUAGGCGUGGGCCAAGCAAAGAGGAAUCAGAUUAAUUCACUGGGUUGCAAAAAGCUAUUCUAACAAGCCCCUCACAGUGGCUUUGAAAACUCAGUAAGUGUUUUGUACCUCUUGUAAAUGUACCAUUGUAUGAAGAAUUAAACCCGACAUCUGGAAUUCAGGAUCCAUCCAUUAUAAAAGAAUGAAAAAUCUUUCCCAACAGAAGAAUGCUACUUUUGGCCAGACAACUUCACGGGCCAAAUUGCAUGUUAAAUUAUGACUUCUGGAACAUUACAAUAUAUUCUUGGUACAAGUGAAUAUGUUCUUUGCUUUACAAGAAUCUUCUCUUUACUUCUCUUUACUAACACUCUACCCUUAAAUACAGGCAACUUGUCACAUUUAAAACGUGAAUUCCAUUUCGGUCUAGAGAAUGAAAUAAAUGCUUGUAUAUGAUUAGGCAAUUUUUUAAAGAAUCCUUAAGAAAGUGUGAAGAGCAUUUGUUUCCAAAGAGGAGAUUUUAUUUUUCAUUUUAGCAUAGCUUGACUGCAUGUUUCAGUUUUAUUUUAUUUUUUAUUU